CAGCAUGUAACAUGACCUGACUUUAGUGUUAACUCUAAUCUGAAUUUUGGGUGACAAGCUACCCCUUCACUUUACUUCUUAAAUUCAACUGGAAAGAAAGUUACUUUCAAAAUAUAAAAAUCAAAAUGAGUUUGAAAAACAAAUUGACUGGUUUAUGGUGUAAGCACAAGCCUACGACAAAUCAAAAGGCAUUGGCCCUAGCUUUUAUGCCAUCAGCUGCCACCUUUGGACUGGCGGCAGCUUUGGCUGUUGUUUAUUAUACCGAUUGGAAAGUAAUUGCCGGAUGGAUUCCCCUGUACAAUACCAAAUUUCCCAAACCAGAAGACCCAAAGAAAAAGACGAAGUAAGAGAUGAUAAAAUAGUGCUGCCGGCAUUAUUUAUUUUUAGACUUAGUUGCUUCAAAAUCAAAAUCAGACCCUUGAAGAUCGUGCCUUCUGUGAAAUAUUAUUGAAUGAAACGUUUUUACUGGCUUUCAAUAUUUUGUUUGUUUUUCUCGGUGCCUUUUGCGGUUUA